AUGAGAUUCUCACCCAUAGCAUUAAUAAGUUUGCUUGCUACAUCUGCAAUUGCAAAGGGCGUUGUGACUGGUAAAAUAUCAAAUACAAACAGUGGUCAAAGCAUACAUUUUGGAGAAAUUGAUACUCAAGUCAUAAAAACAUUACCAAUCCACUCACCUAAAGACAUAAUAGAAAUUGACUUAAAAAACCUGGAUAUUAAGAAUAAACAACCUGAACAAAUAAUGAUCAGUUUAUCAGAUAAUUUGAAACCAAGCAUUGUUACUCAUUUUGUGCCAACGGUGAAAGACGACACAAUUAAAUUGAAAAUUAGGGCAAGUUCGAUUCCAGAACUCUUGAAAACCAAAGAAUCUUUAGCAUUAAGCUUGAUCAUUGGGGAUUCCUCAGGUGAUUCAAAUUUGAUUAAAAGAUUAGGUGAAUUGAUUCCAAGUCAAGAAUUUAAACUUUCAAGUAACUAUAAAAGCAAACCAAAGUUUGGAGUUCAACCUGAGAUACAUCAUAUUUUUAAAGAAGACGAGAAAACCAUAAAUCCAAUAAUUCCUACCAUAUUCAUUGGUUUUGCAACAUUUUUAUUUUUAGCAUUGUUGGGUUCAUGGUUUGGUUUCAUUGGAGCAAAUAAUCUUUUCUUCAAAACAUUUAACAGAACAUCAAUUGGUCAAAUAUCUCAUAACAUAUUAUUUUUCUCAUCGCUAAUUGGAUUCGAGUUCAAUUUUGUCAAAUAUUAUUUAGGGCAAUCGAUUUUUACUACAUUAUUUUAUGGUUUCGUAUUAAGUUUUCCAUGCUAUUACUUUGGCUUAAGCGUUUUGACCUACUUAGGCAAGAAUCGUUUAAACUCAACUAAAAUCAAAAAAUCCAAAACAUCAUCCAAGAAUUAA